AUGAAGCUUCUGUUAGUGUUUUCCGUGCUGCUGCUCGCUGGCAGCCUCGAGGCCGAGCGCUGUAUUCCAAAGAAAUGCCCGGCCAAUGAAGUUUGGAGCUGUUGUCCGCCCUGCCCUCAAAGGUACUGCACUCCAAAACAAAUCAGAUGCCCCGCUGUUUGCAGACCGGCAUGCACCUGCCAAACGGGAUUCGUUAGGGACGAUGCGUCUGGCAAAUGCAUUCGCGAAAAGAUGUGCUUCGUUACAAAACCUCCGCACUGCUCGUCGAAUCCAUCCGACACUCAACGUUCAAACGGAAUGAAUUGGGCGAUCAUUGUGCUAUUUGCUGCCGGGUGCGGAAUUUGUGUCGCUCAGACCACCACCACGAGCAAACCUCCCGGUACGACUCAACCGAGCAAACCCGAACCGAAAGGACUAAUUCCAUUGACGGCAGGAGCGAAAUGUCCCAUACGCACCUGUCGACGCAAUGAGGUACUGAGAACAUGUGGAUUGUGCUACGACAAUACUUGUUCCGGUCAGGCAAUAGCGAAAUGUCAGAAAAUUUGUUACUGCGGCUGUUAUUGCAAGGUUGGUUACAUAAGGACGACUACCGAUGGACCGUGUGUUCUACCGAAGCAGUGUCCAAUACUUCCGAUAGGAUAG